UAUUGGUCCUUCUAUACUGCACCCGUCGUAACGUUCAUUCUCAAUUGUAUCGCAGCUCUGCUGUUUUUGGUGCUGUUCAGUGCUGUCAACAUUAGUGGAACGUGCUAGAUCUUCUGGCUCUGACAACUUUUCUACCAGGACUAGUGAUACGCCUAAACAAAAACUGGGAUCUUCUAGAUGUUGCUCAUGAUUUCUAUGUUGUAACUCUUCUUCUUUACUUCAUUCGAUUCACUAGUGUGUUCUGUUUCCAUUCUUACCUGGGACCCAAAAUAGUUAUGAUAUCCAAAAUGUUCAAAGACAUCGGUUUCUUCUUCUGCAUUGCCUUAGUGUACAUAGUGGCUUAUGGAGUAGCAAUUCAAUCACUGAUCUAUCCUGGUAUCACGCAGCCUCCGUUCAGUAUCCCCUGGGGAGUGUUAUUCAGGUCCUUCUUCGAGAUGCUGGGGGACCCGAACUUUGAAGAAAUAGGCGCUACACAUUUGGAAAAUUGUACUAUAGGUACUGAAGCGCAAUGGCCUUUUAAUGACUCUCCCUACGAAAAAAACACCAUCUUCGCCAUAAUUCUCAAAGCAGUGUUCAUGUUAUUCACUAAUGUAUUACUCCUCAACCUGUUGAUUGCCAUUUUUAACAACAGAUAUGAUCGCGUGAAUAGGGAGAGUAAUGUUUAUCGGAAAUUCCAGAUGGUUCUAGUUACAAUGGAAUACCAAAACCGCCCGUGGCUUCCACCACCAUUCAUCAUAGUUUCUGACAUUUACAUACUUGUGAGGAUCCUAAUCAACCGGAUUUGGCGGAUAAGGAAAAAAAACAAUAAGCCGGAUUUUGCUGAGAAUCCAAAAAACAAAUUGCAGCUAGAGUAUUGGGAAAAUCUCCGAGCCAUGGAAAUUAUUCAAUCACAAGAAAACAGAAAAAAAGAAGGAUCAAAAAUGGAAUUCAGUGCUGUCGCGAUGGAUAAAACCAUAAACACCAUUAUAGAUCAACAGAACGAGUUGAACAAAAGAUGUCAGAAAAUGGAAAAAAUGUUAGAAAAGAUAGCUGAAAAGAUUUCUACAAGCACAGAUGAUGAACUUGGCCUAAAAUAAAUCAAAAACAAUUCAAAUUGUACAUUGUAAUUAUUGUAAAUCACCUAACUAACAAGUCAGCAACUGAUUGACAAAAUCUUUUUUGGUAAUUAUUUUAACUGAUCUGAAUAAUAUUAGCAGGAAUUUGAGAAGUCAGCUUUAUCAGGAGAUUUUUUUAUUCAGAUCCUCUUGUCGAAGUUAUUAU